AUGCUGAUGGACGCCUACCGCGACGAACGCCCCGGGGUCCGCGUCGUGCACAGGACGGACGGCCACCUCCUCAAUCAGCGAUGGAUGGUCUUGCAGUCGCGUGUAUCCACAACCACCGCCCACGAACUUCUCUUUGUCGAUGACUGCACCCUCAACACCACCUCAGGAGGAGACAUGGAAAGGAGCAAGGAUCUCUUCGCCGCCGCCUGUAACAACUUAGGCCUAAUAAUCAACACGAAGAAGAGGGUGGUUAUGCACCAACCGCCACCCGACACUAUCUACGUCAACGUGGACGGCGCUCAACUGCUAGUCGUGGGCAAUUUCACAUACCUGGGCAGUACCCUCUCCCGCGGAGAAGAAGUUGCCUGCCGCAUUUUCAAAGCCAGCCAAACCUUCGACGGGCUGCAGAACACCUGCGCCGAGGCUCCAGACUAUCUUGUCUUUACCUACCUGUUCAUCGUGCUUGAACUUACUGUUUGUUUAACUGAAUGGUAG